AUGGCAGCAACUUCUUGGCGGAAUCUGUUCGUCAUAGCUGCCUUGGUUGCUGUGACCAAGGUAACUACUAGCACGUGGCGUGAUGCUUUCUCUGCACCACCAAGAAACCUUGUACGUCGAAGUGCACAAACUGCCAAGGGUCCAGUGAUGGAGGUGGAAAUUGAGACAGUUCCGGAAACACAAGAUCCAAUUUUGAAACCCGGUGGUUUGAACAAAACAAAUGACAUUGCUGACGUUGCACAGAAAGAAGAGAGGGAAAAGAGGGAACGCGUUGUUGCAAAGACAGCCGAAACCAAAAAAAAAGUGGAGGAAAAAAAAAACGUUUGCAAUCGGAAACCAAGUCAGAGGGUCAAAGCGAGCAGCCAUUGA